AUGUUUCCAAUCGCAGCGCUUCUUGUUGCAGUUCUAGGUUUUGCGAGUGCUCAGGGAUGGACUCAGAUACCGCGGAGCCUCCUCCAAGUGUCCGGUAAUCUCAACUACCUCUGGGGAGUCGACCACGAUAUGGCUGUUUUCAUGUGCGAGCGCCCGUGUACGAGAAACUGGAAAGUGAUACCGGGGUACCUAGUGCAACUAGACGCUGAUGAUCAAUACGUCUGGGGCGUAAACAUGGACGAUGAGAUCUUCUUUCGACCCGUCGACGGAACCGGACACUGGACGAAAGUAUUGGGACACCUGAUACACGUUUCCACCUCGGGGCAUGGCUACAUAUGGGGAACAAAUCGCAAUCACAACACGUUCAAGUGCAAAAAGCCGUGCAGCGGGGAUUGGGUAAAGGUCGACGGACAUUUGAAACAAGUCGAUGGCGGGGAUCGCGAAGUGUGCGGAAUCAACGAACAGAAUACCAUCUUUUGCCGCCCGGUGGACGGAAGCGGCACAUGGCGGCACGUCUCCGACGGAUUCACGUAUGUUACCGCCUCCGGUUCGUACGAUAUAUUUGCCGUCGGGACUAACAACGCAGUAUUCAGUUGCAAGAAACCGUGCAUCGGGCACGAGUGGAACCAGCUGGGCCACAAUCAGCUCACACGCCUCGUUCAGUGCGAUGCCACUAUCAACGCGCUGUUCGGAGUAGACUCCAGCGAGUCCACCUGGAGGAAAGACAUUGCCCUGUGA